AUGUUAAAUGAUGAUUUGAACUCGUGGCUUAAGGUAGUAGCAGAAAAUAAAGUUACAGUUAAAAAUGCAUGGAAAUCUACUUUAAUAGAUCAUUUUAAAGAUUUAAAACAAUUUAAGGAUUUACAAGGUGUCAACUUUCAAAAAGCUAGCUGUACACUCGAUGGGUGUGUUAAGGUUUAUUCAACAAGGGUAGAUGAUGUUUCAGAAGAAGCUAUGAAACUUCUUGAAGGAUUCAAUUUGGAAGAUACAAAGAAAAAAAUAGCAAAAAAGAAAGGUAAUAAAACCAUUGAGACUAAUUUAUCAAAUAUAAAUAUAAAAAGUAAUUUUAGCACGCCGUUUAGAGAUCCUGUAUUUUUGUGUCAAAGCAAAACAACAGAAAGUUCUUUAUUACUCAGUACACUCGAAAUAAGUAAAGAUGGUGUAUAUAGAUUGUAUUCUGGUGAUCAAAAUAGAGAAAUCAAAAUGUGUGAUUUACAAAUCGAUAAAUUAUUUUUAGAAGACAAGCACAUCUGUCCGACAUUUUUAAAAAUUGGUGAAGUAGAAAAUCUAAUAGAAGAUAAUUUAGAACCAGUUAAUGAUGUUAAUUACGAAAUGGAUGUAAGUAAUUUUGACAGUAAUGAAGAAAUUGAAGAGGUUGUUACAAAUCCUCCUAUUUUUAAAGAAUCGCAUUUUUCGUAUUUUAAAGGGUGGGCAGGUCCCACGCACUGGAAAUUACGAACUAAAAAAAUUGAUAAAAUAUCAAAUAGCGUUAAACAAAAAGAAAAAUUUUUAUUAAAUUUUGUAGAGCCUAUUGAUACAGAUUUAAUAUUAUUACAAGGAGAAACCCUUUUUGAUCGUAGUGCUUUAGAUAGCAGAAAGAAGGUAAAUUAUAAUCUUCCAGAAGAUUUUCAUUUUGAGAGAGAAGAUUUGUAUUGCUACAAUCUUCUGGAAGGGAGUUACAAUGUUAAUAAUUUGGAAAAUUAUCCUGUUGAUGACUUGAUUCUUCCUGAUGAACCGAAUGUUAUUAUUGAAGAGCCCAUUGAUGAAAUUGUAACAGAAAUGCCUGUAGAAGAAGUUAAAGAUCAAUAUUUUUUUAGACGGGAACAGAAAAAAGUUGAUAUAAAAAAGUUAAAAAAUAAUAUUAUUUCUAAUUUAACAAAAAGUAAAUCUUCUAAAUUAUCUGAAAUUUGUAAAAAUGUCCCAAAUAUGUAUGACACAAAAGAGAAGAAAGACAUUAGCAUACAUUUCUGUAUAGUUUCAUUAUUACAUGUAGCAAAUGAAAAAAAUUUAGAGCUAAUACAGAAGGAUAAUGAUAUAAUAAUAGAAACUGCACAAGAUAUCUGA